CGCGUCAGUGCCGUGAACGCUUCAAAACAAAAUCGUGUUUGGUGGAACGUUUUAUUCAUUUGUGAUUGAAAUGAUCGAUGAACACGACGAACGUGAUACGAUAUGCGACUCAGUGAAUUCAUUGGUGGAAGGCUGUCGUUUACCGGUUAAAAUGCUUGGAACAAACGAUUGGCCUCUUGCUGAAAUCAUCAGUGUUAAAGAAGUACACGGUGUCAAGUGUUAUUAUGUUCACUAUGUAGAUUUCAAUAAACGAUUAGAUGAAUGGGUUAUGGAAGAUAGUUUGGACACGAGGAAAGUCCAAUAUCCUCGUCGAGAUGGAACCACACCAGGAACUGGUGCAGCCACGCCAAAAAAACAAGUUCCCAGUAGACCUCCUAGUCCUAGCAGUCUCAGUAAUGAACCAGUUAAUGGUACCGCCGUGUUACAAGCGGCGUUGCAAAAGAAAAUAUCUAGAAAAAGGAAAGCAGCAUUUAUAGAGAACGAUGAUUCUCAAGAUGGACCGCCGCAAACACCUGGUCCAAGGCCAACAGGUUCAUUAGUUGCUCAUCAUCACGAUGACAUUGUUACGAGAAUGAAGAACGUAGAACUGAUAGAAUUAGGCCGUCAUAGAAUAAAACCUUGGUAUUUUAGUCCUUAUCCCCAAGAAAUGGUGAACCUCCCUUGUAUAUAUAUCUGUGAAUUCUGUUUGAAGUACAGAAAAAGUCGGAAAUGCUUGGAAAGGCAUCUGGCCAAAUGCAAUCUAAGGCAUCCGCCUGGUAACGAAAUAUACAGAAAAGGAUCCAUAUCGUUUUUCGAAAUUGACGGCCGAAAGAACAAGAAUUAUGCACAAAAUCUCUGUCUAUUAGCAAAAUUAUUCUUGGAUCAUAAAACACUUUACUACGAUACAGAUCCAUUUUUGUUCUACGUAAUGACAGACUUUGAUAGUAGAGGAUUUCACAUAGUUGGUUAUUUUUCAAAAGAGAAAGAAUCAACGGAGGACCAUAACGUGGCAUGCAUUCUUACACUGCCUCCUUAUCAGAGAAGAGGUUACGGCAAACUCUUGAUAGAAUUCUCCUACGAAUUAUCGAAAUUCGAGGGUAAAACUGGCUCACCCGAGAAACCGUUGUCCGAUCUGGGAUUACUGUCUUACAGAAGUUAUUGGGCGCACACGAUAUUGGACAUUUUAUUGAACAUAAAGCCGCUAGUCGAGAACGAGAAGCCCCAGAUAACGAUAAGCGAAAUAUGCGAGCUGACGUCGAUUAAGAAAGAAGAUGUGAUAUGGACGCUACAGAAUUUGAAUCUCAUUAAUUACUACAAAGGACAAUAUAUUGUUACAUUGAAUAGGGAGAUUAUCGAGCAACACGCAGCCGCGAUGGAAAAGAGGCAGAUCAGAAUAGAUCCUAAGUGUCUUCAUUGGACACCAAAAGACUGGAGUGUUAGGGCAAAAUGGAACCCAGGACUAUUAUAUGAUUAGCGAAUAUACGAACGAAAUAAAAACUGUACAUAUAACGUACCUCGUCCGUGAGGUAUACCGUUUCGAAUAAGACUGUAUCAGGCUUUGCACGCGAUUGCAAUGGUCUAAAAACGAAAAAAAAAAGAAGUAAUUUUCAUGAAAGCACGCAUAUCUCGGUUCGAUCAAUCACGUAAUUUAUGGGACAACCGUGAUUAGCGAGUUUUAACAUGAGAACAAUAUAUGUAUAUCUGUUAAAUACGGCUGGCUUUGCGUCCUAGAGUCAGAAGCAAUGUUUUAAUAUGGUGACUAGAAUUUUUGUAAAAAGUUCGCAAUACGUGUUUGCGAAUCAGCGAUUUGUACAGGUACAUAAACCGAUCUUGUAGAAUUGUAAAUAAAUCUGAUUUUAUAACGUG